CACACACACUCAGAUAUACAAAUGCUUCCUCUCUCAUAUAGACCAGCAGCCAUUCAUGUUGUUGGACUAUUGCUCUCGCUGCUGUGGAGUCACGCUCAUAAAACGCCAUGGACCCAUCUCCCUCAAGACUCCACCCAGUGAUACCUGGGUUGUUCUGCAGAAUCUGUUGAUGUGCAUGGUGUGCUUCUACUCUCUCUACUACAUCGCGGUCAGUCUCUGCAUUGGACUGCUCAGGGUUCAUGAAAUCAACAGCUUGUUGGCUCCGUUCGACUACACCACACAACCGUCAUGGCAGAAUCCCAAAUACCUGGUCGGAGUAAUCUCCACAGAAGUGACCUAUAUUUUGGGAGGGCUGGUGUUUGCCUGGAUUGUGGAGGAGUGGGUUUGGGACUAUGCCAUAACUGUCACACUGCUGCAUGUUGCAAUGACUGUAGCAGUCAUGUCAGACUUCCCUUCAGCUGAGCACUGGUGGAUGGCUCUGGGUACAGGCCUGGUGAUGAUGAUAGUUGGAGGACAGCUCUUGGCCUACAGACUCUUCAGAAGCAACUUUGUCUAUCCAACUGAGCUGCAGAAUUUCUAAUGAAAAUGAAGCAUUUCACUGCUGACAAUGUUAUUACUGGUCUGAGCAACUCAAGCAGGUCUAUAAAAUUAUAUAUACUGUAUAUAUUCUAUAAAGCAACACAAGACUGAAUUUGUUUCCUGACCAGCUUAGUUCAUUAGGUAAUAAUCAGAUCCCACUUUGUACAAAUGGCCUAACUUUGUCUAUUUAACAUAUGUUUUUGAGUUUUUUUAACCUCUUCUGUACAGUUUAUUAUAUUUCAAUUUUGUAUUGUUUCUUUGCACACUUUAAACCAUAAACUUAAGCUUAAAGAAAUAGAUGUUACAGCUGGAAAAUGCUUGAAUUAUUUACUAUCAGUAAUCUACUGACUGAUACAUGUGCAUAGAUAGGUUGUGUCUAUUUUUUUUUUUAUUUCUUAUGUUAGUGUAAAAGUUAGAAUUUGGCACAUAUAUUAUCAUAUAAUUUGUCACUCUCUGUGGCCAGACAGUUGUGUGCAAAGCAAUUCAGUUCACAUCUACACAUAAAUAACUUUACUGUUUGCUAUAUGUACAAAUUAAAAUCUAUUUGGAUAAGGA